AUGGAUUCGGACUCGGACGACGACAACCUCAAUGCUACGGGUCUCUUUCAAGAACCGGAGGGCUACUUCCCGCCACCACCGGAGCCCACAACACAAACCUACGUGCUGCAGACAGGCGAGUCGCUCACCCUGCACCUCAUUGGCCACCACAAUCUAUGGGGACACCUGCUCUGGAACGGCGGGCGGUAUGUCGCGCGCUGGUUCGAGGACCACCCCGAGGAAGUAAAAGGCAAGACGGUGCUGGAGCUCGGCGCCGGGGCCGGGCUGCCUAGCCUGGUGGCCGCUGUGCUCGGCGCGAGGAAGGUCGUCAUGAGCGAUUAUAGUAGCCGUAAUUUGGUGGAGAACAUGCAGAUGAACAUAGCGGAGGCGAGGCCGCUGGUGGAGGAGGGCAGGGUCGUGGCGGAGGGGUUUACUUGGGGGAAGGAUGCGGGGAGCCUGCUUGCUUCUUCAAAGAGUCCAAAAAGACACGCCAAAUUUGACGUCCUCAUACAGGCCGAUCUGGUCUUCAACCACCACCAGCACCACAAUCUCAUCAAGACGACGAGGGAGACACUGAGCCGGAAGAGGGAAAGCAGGGCGUAUGUAUUUUUUUCGAGCUAUCGGCCUUGGUUGCAGCACGAGGAUCUGAAGUACUUUGAUCGCGCGCGGGAGGCUGGGUUUGUGGUGGAGAAAGUGCUUGAGGAGAAGAUGGAGACGCCCAUGUUUGAAAACGAUCCUGGCGAUGUCGAGGUGCAGAAAACGGUUUUGGGGUUUGUGAUGAGGUGGCCAGAGGGGGAAUGGGAUGAGGAGUAA